UUGUCCGUCCGUGUCCAUUUUCGUCACGCUUUCAGUCAUUAAUGAACAAAUUUGAACUUUGUUUCACGUCGCUUUGCAUUUGUUUGGCGUGUUAACGUGCAGUAUUUCCCCGCACUUUAAAAUAAACGGGGUUCUUUUGGGCCUGUUCGUUCAUCCAUUUAAAUUAUGGCUCAGCUUGCCCCCCUCGUAUUCAUUACGUUGUGGGCUGCACCCACCGCACGAACCACAGACCACUCCCCUGGUGAACCGUCGUUUUCUGUGUGUUGUCCUCUCUGCACAGGCCUCGGUGCUCUGCGCGCAACAGCAACGCCGCGCCGCGGCCCUGAUCAGGAAGUGAAUCUGAAGAAAAUAAGGGACCGUGGAGGUAGGAUGACAUAGAAGGGGAGAGGUGGGAGAGAACCAACCGGAGAAAGAAGCGACUACCAGAGGGAGGAAUCGACUCGGUUUCUGGACCUGUAUUGAGCUGCUCUCCUCUGGGAUAUACUGCACCGUCACACAAACACACAAGAAAAAAAAAUGCUCAUAAAGGAAUUUCGAGUGAUUCUUCCCAUCUCCGUGGAAGAGUACCAGGUGGGCCAGCUGUACUCUGUGGCUGAGGCCAGUAAGAAUGAAACGGGUGGAGGAGAAGGAGUGGAGGUGCUAAAAAAUGAACCCUAUGAGAAAGAUGGAGAGAAGGGACAGUACACACACAAAAUCUACCAUUUGCAGAGUAAAGUGCCGUCAUUCGUCAGAAUGUUGGCUCCAUCUUCUGCCCUCAACAUCCACGAGAAAGCCUGGAACGCGUACCCAUACUGUCGCACAGUAAUCACUAACGAGUAUAUGAAAGAUAACUUCCUGAUCAAGAUUGAGACAUGGCACAAACCUGACAUGGGACACCUUGAAAAUGUACAUGGUUUGGAUGCAGAAACCUGGAAGAAGGUGGAUGUCGUCUAUAUCGAUAUUGCAGACAGAAGCCAAGUGGAGCCUAAGGACUACAAGCCAGAGGAGGAUCCUUGCAGGUUCAAGUCGGCGAAGACGGGACGAGGACCUCUAGGGCCGGACUGGAAGAAGGAGCUUCCUAAUAAGAAAGACUGCCCACACAUGUGUGCCUACAAACUGGUCACCGUCAAAUUUAAGUGGUGGGGCCUGCAAAACAAAGUGGAGAACUUCAUUCAAAAGCAAGAGAAGCGUUUGUUCACCAAUUUCCACCGUCAACUGUUCUGCUGGAUCGACAAGUGGAUCGAAUUAAACAUGGACGAUAUUCGUCGCAUGGAAGAGGAGACACGUAGGGAGCUAGACGAGAUGAGAGUGAAGGACCCAGUGAAAGGGAUGGUGGCUCUAGAGGACUGAGGUUGUGUCGGAGCGUGAAUGCUGCUGCUCAUCAGACCAGAGUACCCAGACACCAGCGGAUUCACAUCCUCCUUUUGUCUAAACUGACACAACACCUGACCGGCCGGUCCAAAGCCCACCUCCCGCAGUACAAUCUGGUUUUCAGGGACCUGGACCCAGUAAACUCUCAGUCUUCAGUUGAUCUCCUCCACCCUGUCCUUCCCUCCUUGAGUCCCAUCUUUAGUUAUUUCAGCCAUCUAGUGUCCCCCCAUCUUCUUAACUGCUCUGAGGCCUCCAGUAGCAACAUUUUAGAUCUCGUCAGUACCUCCUCUCUUCCUCUCUCUAUAAAACGCUCUAAACUACAGAGAAUAGUGUCACUUGUCUCUGGAAUUUAGGAUUUAUUUCUAUUUAAGAUAUCCCAAUGGUGUAUAUAUACAGUAAACAGAAGAUGAAUAAUUGUAUUGAAGUAUAUAUAUAAAUAUAUAUAUAAACAGGGUUUUUAAAAUGAUUCUGUAAGUUUGUCUGUGGAUGUUUUAUUUUUUCCAGACCAAGCUGUAUCUGCUCAGUGUUGCGUUGUUUUCUUUUUUUUUUCUUUCUUUUUCUUUUUUUUUUUUGAUUUGUCAUAGUUUUCUCCAUUUGUGUCAAGCUUUAUGCGGUGUUUCCUUUUGUCGUUCGAAUCAAUUUGCAAGUCUACAAACUACGCAGCUGCGAGGUCGGGAUUGUUGCUCAGAGUGUUACGUUGUCUUUGCUACGCCCCUAACCUACGACGUGGGAUUUGUUUUCUCCCAGUAUUUUCCCCCCUAAUAUGUGUUGAGGCGUUCAAUGGCUUUUCUGCUGCUUUGUGAGUUUGCGUGCGCGGUGCUUCUGUUCGUGUGUUUCCGUGGCAUUGUUAGGUCAUCAAGGACUCCAGCCAUAUUUUUGAUUUUUUCUUUUUUCACGGGCUCUUCGGUUUCAUCGGGGCUGUUAAGGCUGCUUGAAGGUGCAGCAACUGAAAGCAAAUACACAGUGAUGUAUAUACACAAGUGCAGUGAGCGAGAGAGAAAGAGAGAGAGAGAGCUAGCCUUCAAGGACACAUGUGAAAUGUAUCACUCAGCAAUGGAAAAUCUACAGCGGAACAGCCAUAAAUGGGAGUAGGACUGUCUCUUUAUUUGUCUGACAGUGACACGCUCUGUCAUUCUGCAUCAAUCUCUUCCCAUUGUGUCAUCUCCAGUGGAUAAAUGGUCUUAUCCAGCAAUAGCAAUAACUACCAUGACACAUUGGUCUCUCCUUUCACGUUGCGAAACUCUCUUCGGCCCGUUCCCGCCGUGAGAACAGCUGCAGUAAAGCAGAGAGCCCCGAGCAGAGGGCGAAGAGCGGCUAAGUCGUCGAUCGCUCGUUUUAUUAAACGCCGCUUUAUUUAUCGUGUCCGUCUUUGGAUGAGGUGUUUUUUCUUUCUCCUGCUGGAAUCUGAAGCCUGUUAUCUGUAUUGGUGUGGUGUUUUUCGGUAUAUGCAUGAGCGAGUGGUAUUCAGUAGUGUGCGUCUUUGCAGAGAGCUGCUGCUAGCUGGGUAAAGAAGCGAGGAACAAAUGAAGCAAGAGGAGCGACAACAGCGGGCACUAUCCCUCUCUUCUUGUUGACGUCUGUAUGGCCUCCUUUGUCUUCCUCUUUUUUUGUUUUCGCAUCUUCUUAUUUCACGUCCUCCGCACAGUUUAAAGAGCAAGCAACAGAUCAUGUCGAAAGCCACUACAGUAAUGACGACACAUUGGAUUAAAGCAAAACUGCCAUCAGAGCGAGAUUAUACGUAGAUUAAAGCUUGUUAAAGCAGACAUUUUGCACUAUUGAGCUACUUAAAUCUUCCACAAACGAAAAUCAAACUUAUUUACUUUUAUUUUUGAGAAAAUGUAUGUAAGACUUUUAUAUUAGUACAAAAGUAUAUGAACACUUCUUAAGCUUUUUAUUGGCAAUUACUUGCUAAAAAAAAACAAUAAAAGCAUCUUAUUGUUAUGUUUCCAGCAGCAACAGCAACGACAUUAUUUCUUCUGGGGCCCCUUGAAUUAUGGCAAGUCACACUUUUGUCAUCAAACUAACGAAAAUAUGAAAGAUUAGUUAGUUAGUUUUGUCUAAUUACAGUGACAGUUGGGUGAAACUACACAGUUUGACAGGUAAAAGGAAUCACAAAUAAUACAAAUUGGCUAGAAGACAUAAAGUUUAUUUUUGGCAACUUCUAUCUAUAGUUUCAUAACCAGACCAAGUUCACACCACUCCCGUCAUUGCAAACCAUUUUCUGUUGCCUCCUCUUUUAAGAAAACAAUGGCCCCUGGAUGUCCAGUCCCUCCACCUCUGUGUCCAUCUCACUCUACCAACUGAAUCAUGGAGAUUUGUGGAUGUACUGUAUGUAGUAUUGACUUUGUAAAUAGUAAAUAAAUUAAUGUAGAUGAACACACAUAUAUAGAUCAGACUGUCCUGCCAAACCCAAGGCACACCUCCCCACACUUGAUCCUCUCGUCCCGUCGCUAAAUGUUGAGCAUGACACCGAUCACCGUGACCAAGUGGCUCUCGCAGAUGUAUUGCUGUGAGAUAAUGUAGGGUUAUAGUCACUGAAAUGUAAUGCCGAUAAGACACUUUGAGGAAUAAGCUGUAGUCAUUUUUAAUAAAAAAAAAAAGAAGGUACUUUUAGGAUGCUGCAGCGAAGCCGUGAGGAGCUGCUUGCUGUAAAACCCUGUUCACUAUUUACCAUCCUUCUGUCUUUAUUCCUUCACUGCGGGGACCACGUCUCAUUGGCAGGACAGUGUAUAAAUAUAUAUUUUUGUUCUGAAUGUUGUUGUACCUCUAUUGUCAGUCUCUGAACUACACUCGCUUCUCUCACUGAAAAGGAACACGUAACGGCAGCUCGGCUCGGUUCACUGACCCACACAAUUAGCCGGUGGAGUCGGCCCUAAGCGGAGCCUGUCAGAUUUUGCCCUCCCGUGGUUAGAGAUGGCGAUCGAAGGGUUGAUUAAUCUACAUUUCGGGGUGCUGAAUAGCAAAGACAAUAAAAAUGUGUUGUUUUUUUUUGACGCUAGGUCAAUCUUAAGAGCCUGUAACUUGUGAGAGAACACGGUUUAACAGAGACAAUCUCAUAGAUACCUGUUGUUAGAUUCCUCAAUUUAUAAUCAGAGUAUGAAACCAAAUGAUUCCAUAAUCCCAAACUGUUUUUAAAUCUCUCUCUUUCUCUCUCUCUGUCUUACUUUCUCUCUCUCUCACUCUUGUUAACUUGUCUCCUGUUUUUCUUUCUUUUAUUGUGAAUUUGUGCCUUUUUGUCAUCUUCUCUUCUAAUAACACUACUGUAAAUUGGAGACGUGAAGAAACGAAUAAAAAUAAGCAAAGCAACAGUGAA